GUUUGGGAUCAAUACUUGACCACCGCUUUUUUUAUGCCAUGGAUCUUUAGUAACAAUUGGUUAUUCAAAUAAUAUACCCGGAAGAAUUGAGAGAUUCUCUACCUUUGUUCGGAACGAGUUGCACGACACAUAUUUUGAAAUUGGAAUUGGAGGAGUAACGCGAUGCCGCACGUCGGCGUCUUAAUGGAGCGCAGUCUCCAAGACCGCAGCCUUAAAGAUGCGUUCAUACAGCUUGUAGCGCGAAGCGCUGUUGCCGCCGUAGGCAAGCGUCAGUCCAUUGACGGGGUCAAGAAUGGAAUUCAAGACGCGAAAACUGCUUUUUCUAGCUGGGAUAAUUGUAUGCAAGCCAGCUUUUGCAAAUGGCCAGUAAUUGCCGUAAUUAUUAUCGGUGGUUUAAUUAUCCUCUCCAUCGUUUGGUGUAUCGCGCGAUGCCUUUGCUGCGGCCUCUCAUGUUGUUGCGAGUGCUGCUACUGUCUCAAGUGCUGCGGUGAAUGCUGUGGGUGCUGUGACCCUCCUAGAGGAAAGCGACACAAGUAUCUCGACGACCCAUUCAUCCCACCACACCAUGAACAAAACCAAGCCUAUCGUUCACAGGCGCCAAUGACGCCAAGCCUACCCCCGCCGCCCGCUGCUUCCUCUGCGCCCCAGUACGCCGUAUUUGACGAGAGUGGUAAGAAGGACGCAGACGCGUUGCCCGCUAUGCCCAGCUGGGAGGGCGCGCAGUCUCACAAGGUAUUGGUUGAGGAUGAACCUGUCGAGAUGGAGCCCUUGAAGAAACCUGAGGCCACACAAAAUCCUUCUCUAAACACAGCCAUACCUAACGCAACGUCACCCAGCCCAGUUUCACCCGAUACUCGAAGCCCUUACGGUCCACCGCAAGGACAGAACGGCCCCAACGGAUAUAUGGCGGCUGGUCAUGCUGAGUCGGAUCCUUAUUCUAACCACGGACAAGGAUAUGAUCAAUAUGAUUACAAUGGCUAUGGACAGGCUGCACAAGACAACAUGAACCAAGGAUACGGUAUGGCGGCUGCUGGAGCACGAACCCGAACACCCCACAAUGACUACAACAACGGUUAUGGUGGACAGAAUCAGGGCUACCCGCAAUCGCGAACUCCCAGACCGUACAACGAUGAGUACGGACGCAGCGGCACCCCUGGAUCUUAUGGCGCACCGCCCAGUUACCGCACUGCGCCCAGUGCCAAUGGGUAUGAUAACCCCUCCCGAAUGGGAUCACCUGGCCCGCAAGGAGCUUAUGGCUAUGGCAACAACCCCUCGCGUAUGCGAUCUCCCGGCCCUCAAAUAGGCUUUGAGUACCCCCAGCGAUCGCAAACACAGACACCCAACAGCUACCGACAAUAUCCCCCAGCGCCAGUUAGACAGUACUCAGACAGCUCUAACCGAGCGUUGAUGCAACCAACCCACGAGCACCAGUACUCAGAUGCGUCUGCACCAGAAUCGCCACCCCUCCAGAACAGUGCCGGAUUUGAUUUCAACUCCGGUUACAGCAGACCUCCCACAGCCCCGGGGCAGGCCUCACAACAGCAGACGACGACACAGACAGCGAAUGGAGGAACGGCCUAUCCUGGCUACCGUACAUACAGACCCCAGGGGGGAGCAACUUAGCAGGAUAACUGGAAUGGAAUGUGAUAUGAUGAGUAAUAAUGAGUUGACUUAGGUAUCUAGGUGUCUACUCGUCAUAGUGUAACAAAAGAAAGACUUCUAUGGUUCAUUUAAUAGGACCGACAACUUCGGGAGAGAUGUUUACUACCGCUGGAUUCGAUUCGGUCCACAAUCAAGGCGCUCGGGAACGAUCAUCUAUCUACAUAGCAAUGAUGGAAUUCGAAUAGAGCUUCGUUGUACAAUUGAAUAUUAAGAUUCCAGGUUUCGUGUGUUAUAUCUGUGUUAUUUGUUAGGU